UCUAAAGCUUAUUAAAAAUCGGCAAUGACCAAUAAAAGCCAAGAAAUAUAAGCCGCAGCAAGUAGAGGCAGGUUCAAGAUUUUCUUCAAGAUAAACACACAGGUCACGUAGCUUAACAAUAUUAAACAGCCUUUUUGAGCGUCGCUAGGAAAUGAGCCAGGAUUGACAAAAUCAUCUGACAUGAAGAUGAGUAAUUUUGAUUAGUGCAUAUUGUUGAGUGGUUAUGAAUGGACAGCAGAAUAACCAUGUCACGUUCAGUGAUACCCCCACUGCCCCUUCCUAAAUCCUCCAGCCUGUUACACACUCAACAACUGAAUGAAGUACUCCGCCGUCGCAUAGCUACAGCUGAAGGCAACACAGAAAGAAUACUUAAAGAGCUGAAUGAUCUCGGCUACUCAAAUCCAAAGGUGGCUGAAGCCUCUUUUUCAAGAUUUAGAUGCAUCAAACACCCUGAUAGAGAAGGAAAUCAAAGAAUGUGCAGAGAGUUCAAACCCUGACAGACCUCAAUCAGAGUCUUCUUUGGUGGAACCCAGACCAAGUUCUUUCACUCAAGAAGGUCUUAUUUCAAGAGUUUGUAAGUUAGAGAGCAUCAUUCAGACUCUAAGACUUGGACUUGCUGGAAGUGGUAGCAACAGUGCUUGUACUGACAGCAAUGGCAGUGGUAACAGAGGCAAGAGCCAAUGGAAACAACCUGAACUGGAUGACAAGCUUAGCCAGGUGCAACAGGAGCUGGGCACAGAAGUUGCACGGUUGAAACGACAUUUAGUAGCACUUCAAGAAGAACUGUCUCUGGAAUCGCAGGCUAGGCAACGUGCUAAAGAAGAAAUUGACCAGCUGAAAGAGGCCUUAGAAGAAGCAGUCCAAGCACGUGCAGAAGCAGCAAUAGCUGUGGAUGAACUGAGCACAACCAAACAGAAGCUAUUGCGUCGAGUAAAUGAAUUGAAGGAGGAAGUUGCUAGGGAGACAAGUUUACGAGCAAGCCUUGAAAUAUCUCACAAUACUUUACUGUCUCGUGUGCGUGAGACAGAAUCUAUUGCUGAGAGUGAAAGAAAGGAGACUCAAAAUGUGACAGCGAAUGCUAUCAGCUAUAAACAAGAAGUCGGAAGACUUACUGAAGAGCUGGCGGCAGAACUAUCGCGGAGAAAAAUGGCGGAGGAAUCAUGUCAGAAACUAAUUGCUGAAAAGGAAAAAGCUCUUGGUGACUUUGAGACAGCUCAGAUAGAUUGCAAAAUGGCAUCAGCUGAACUUUCAAGACUUCAGUCAAAGUAUGCAGAGCUUAUUAAGAAAUUUGAAGAAACGGAGGUUUUAAUGGAGAAACAGAAGGCCUACACACAGAAAAUGGAAGCAGAUGUGGGCCAACUACAGCAGACUAUUGAAAAGACUGUUGUAGAAAACAAGAAACUUUUGUCUGAACAAAAGCAGUUGUCUGAGAGUGACAAGAGCCACAUAGAGCAACGCUUAGCAAUGGAGGAAGAAAUCAAUAAACUAAAAAUGCAGAUCAGCGAACUGUCCACUGUGAACCAGAAUUUGAAAAUGCAGAAUAAACAGGUUCAGUCUCAAAUGGAAACUACUUGGAAGCAGAUGUGCUGCAGAGAAAAAGAGUUUACCUCUGCAGCCACAGGCUUGGAGACAGAACUAAAUAAUGUGCGAAGGCAGCUGCAGAGUUUGGAGGGAGAAAAAGAAGAUGUUCUUAGGGAUAAAGAAAACCUUUUAGAAGAGGUAAAUCAGACAGUAGACACACUGGUAGCAGAGAGAAGUCGACUGCAGGGUGAACUGGAGAAAUGUCAUGCAGAGAUGGGCAUGUUACAAGUAAAAUGCAGACAGCUUGAUGCUGAAAAUAUACAGCUAAUGGAACGCAUCAGUGGCCUUGAACACAAGCAGAUGGCACAGCUGAAAGUGGAAGCCACCCUAAAAGACAUGUUGGAGCAGAAGAAUAAAUUGGCUUAUGAGAAUGGUAAACUUCAGUCAGAACUUACACAGGUUAAGACGGAACUGUCUGUGGUUACUGUAGAAUCCACUGCCGCUGUACAGCAGAAAAAAAUGAACGAGAUCCUCCAGGACAAGUUUUUGAAGCCUGAAAUACAGAUUCCUUAUGAAAAGGCUCAGAAGGAAGCUGGGGAACAGUCCAUGGCCAUGCAACGCUUAGAAGGCCAGCUGCGUCACACAGAGGAUCUCCUGCAGCAAAAGCAACAUGAACUUCUGCUGACACAGGCGCAGAGAGAAGAAGUAGAGAGAGAAAUGGGCAAAGUGCUGGGCCAGCUGGAGGUUCUGGAAUCCAGAGAAAAGCACAAGAAUCAGCUGCAUCAAAAGAACAUGACUGAUGCAAAGGCAGUGAACCGUGAGAUCACCAGCACCCUAGAGGCAGUCAUGACCUCACACAGUCAGCUGCAAGAGCUGGUGACAAACCUUCAGGCUGAGCUUGGAAGAAGGGACACUGAGAUUGGGAGGCUUAAAAGCCUCAGGUUGAAAGAACAAGAUGAUUUCAAUCUCCAGAUAAAGCGCCAAAAUGAGACAAUUGAAACUUUGAAAGAUGAGCUCAAAAAAGAACAAGACAGAUCAGGGCGCAAGAUUAACAGGGAUAUAAGUGAGUUAAAGAAACAGAACUCUAACCUCUCAACACGUAAUGGUGAACUAAUGGCCACCAACAUGGAGUUACGCCAGCGAGUGGCAGACAUGGAGAAGACAGUCACUGAUUUGCAACAAAAGCUGUCAAGCCAGCGGCACAAAAUGGAUCAUAUGCACAAAGCUAAGAAGCAUGUUGAAGACAGCUUAGAACGUAUGAAGAAAAUGCAUGAAGACAUUGACGAAUUGGAGAGACUUCGUGAUGAAUACAUGCAGAAAAACAAGGAACAGGGGGAGACCAUUGCAGUGUUCAUGAGUCAGAUGGCCUCGCUUCAGGAAGAGUUUAAACAGCUGGCAGCUGCCCAGGUCAACACUGGAAGACUGCUUCAGCUGAAAGAAGGGGCUUUGGAGAAGGAACGAAAAAUCCGAGAGGAGGUGAAGAAAAGAUAUAAUCAAUCACGUAAACGUGAAAAUGAAGUUGCCAAACAAAAAAAUGUCUCUGAAGAAAAGCUGAAAGAAGCACACAAUGAGUCUGUUGAGAUUUCCAAACAUUUAAUGGAAGCCCAUGAAUGGUUCAAAGGAAAGUUUGAAAAACUUCAGGGGGAAUUGGCAGAGUCCAAAUUGGUUCAAACUAAACUUGAGCAAGAGAAUGCAGAUCAGAGACAUCAGCUCCUGAAGGAAAAAUCUCAUGUCCAAGAGGCAGCACAACGUGCAAAAGAAAUGAUUAAAGCAAGCAGAGAGAGCAUUAGCCGUCUAGCAGACUUCACAGAACAAGCUGAUAUUGACACCAAACGCCAGCUAGAGGAGCUGAGAACAGAGAUUGCCCGUGAGAAAAUUAAGGCCAAAACACAGUGGCGAGAUGCAUGAGCCUACUUACACAAGACUGUGACUAUAUUUGUGGAUUCAGCCUGUGAAAAUGGCAAAGGUUUUUAUCACAUCCACAAAACCGUACCAAAAAUUCUUACAUAAAGAUAAAAUUGUGGAGGACAGAAAUCCGUUUUCUGAUGCAAGAACUUGUAAAAUCUGUCAUAAUCGAUAGCUUUUCAUUGACAUUGCUCAUUAAGUGCAUACAGAAAAGUAGUUUGUGAUAAUUACUUUGGUAAUUAUUUACAAUUAUUCUGCCUGUCAUAUUUUCCUGUGUGGAGUUACUGAUGUAUUUAUAUCUGCAUGGUAUCACUAUUUAUGGUUGAACAUGGACACUUUAGUCCACAAACGUGUGUGUGUGUGAGCAUGCAUACAUGCCAGGGAUGAACAUUCUGUAAAACUAAAUUUUUAAGUCUGUGAUAAACACACUAAAGCUAACCUUAACCCUGAACAGUCUCAGGUUGAGUAUAUUUAAAUUUUGAGUGAGUGCUUCUUUUGGUUAUGUGUAUGAACAAGAGAGCUAAUGUGAUGUCAAUCUUUGUUAUUAUAAUAAAAAAAUGCAAAAUU